UGGACCGGGGCAGACAUGCAGAACGGGGGGUGGAGAAGCCUCCUUAGCUCGCGAAAGAGCACGACGCUGGCAGACGACCAAUAAGCUGUUCAACAGGAUCGCCAGCCGGGUGCCAAGUCGAUCGUGGAGUGGUUUUUAGCCGGCGUAUACGCCAAGGGGGGAACUUGCACUGACCCAGCAAUGAUUGAAGCUCGACAACAUGGCAACCAUGGUCCAACUCGCCUGCUCGCGUACCAGCUACUUUGCCAGUGCGCUCAUUGUCUUGCUUACAAGUCGAAAGAUCUUCCAAGAGCCAUUGCUAGUAGGAGCUGCAGUCGUGCAGGCGUAGACUACUAAGCCAUACGGACCCCGUGAUGGAAAAUGGAGAGGUAUUUCUCGUUCGAACAUGCGAUUCCGAGUCCCUUUGCGGUCAGAUUAGCAUUCUGCCGACUGAUUUCACGAAGCUACCAGAAAAAUGCGGAAUGCCAGGGAACCGCCUGGCUACUAGAAGCUUGGGGGAUUGGAGUCAAGGACGCCAUUGACAGCAAGUUGUGUCUUGGAAGUUGCGUAAGCCUGCGCCCGACUGGCGCAGCUUGGGUGAGGGAGGAGACAGAAAAAGUCGAUGUCGUCAGGAUAGACCGCUUAGCGCCAUUGAAGACGGGAGAGACUCCGAUGGCGCCGAACAAGCGAGCCGUGCAAUGCCGGUUGGUAUUCCUGCCUCAUAUGUAUGCCAGCGGGCUGGCAACAUGGAAAUCCUUGUUCUUAGUCAUGACUACCUUUAUUACAGCUUAUAAUAGUAUGAACCGCGCGAAACCGAGCCUAGAGAUAUUCAAGGGCAUGGUUAUGGAUCGUCGAAAGGCAUCUUUCCAUCGUCAACCACUUCUACAUGUCUUGUCAAGACGAGACAGAAUUAAUUUGAAUGAGAAGGGGGAAAGAGGUGCACUAUUGUGUAGCCCUGCAGCCGCUUCCCCGCAAUAUCUAGGAAGAAAGCGACCCCAAUGCAGGGCCAGUCGGGCCAUUCCCAUUCUCCCCUUGGCUUCGCUCUAGGAAGUGUCUCGUCUCCAUGGGGUGCCAGUUGUUUGGUGAGGUGUUCCGGUUAGACCCCAAAUUCAUUGUGACAAGUAUCCGCGAUCGGUUUAGUGCCAUUGUGAAAGCGUGGCCAAGCAAGCGACAUGGGGGAAGCUCCUUGGAACCCAAGAGCUCUAAAAGCCGGCUGUGCCGACUCCAACACAUUGCGCUAUAACCAUUGACGAUAGUAUCUUGGAAACGGUGCGUCAUCGAUUCACUUGACAGAUCGCAACUUUGGCGCUUAUUCCAUAAAGUGACCCAAUGGCGCAUUCCUCUCGCUGGG